AUGAAUCAAAAUAAGGUAGUUUAUACUGGAUUAGGUCUUGUUAUUGCAAUUGUUUUAUUUAUUGGUGGAAUUCUUAUCGGUCGUUUUGCUAUUCCAAGACCAGCAAAUACGAUUGAUAUAUCAACAGAAAUUAAACAUUCUGAAGAAGAAUAUAUAAGUAUAUGGAAUAAUUUCAAACAACAAUUUCUUGAUUCAAUUAGUGCACAAGAAAUUGAAAGUAAUCUUCGAGAUUAUGCUAAAAAAACUCAUUUAGCUGGAACAGAUGAUGAUCGUCUUGAAGCGGAAUCCAUUGCUGGUAAAUGGCGUGGACAUGGAUUAGAUGUAACUAUUCAUCCAUAUGCUGUAUUACUCUCAUAUCCAGAUCCAAUUCAACCAAAUAUUGUAUCAAUUUUUGAUCCAAAUAAUAAUUUAAUAUUUCAAUCAAAUGGAAGUGAAUCUAUAUUUAAUGAAGAUGAUAAAUCAUUACCAUUUCAUAAGAUAAUUCGACCAUUUCUUGCUUAUACAACAAAUGGAACUGCACGAAGUCAAAAAUUAUUUUAUGUUAAUUUUUGUACAAUGGAUGAUUUUCGUUUUCUUGAAACUGUUUUAAAUAAAGAUGAAUUAAAUAAUAGUAUUGUUAUUUGUCGAUAUGGGAAAAUUUUUCGUGGAAAUAAAAUUAGUAAUGCUGAAAAAUAUGGUAUUAUUGGAGUUAUAUUAUAUAGUGAUCCAAUUAACGUUGCACUAAGUCCAAAUAUAUCUAAUUUGACUUAUCCAAAUUCUAUCUAUAUGCCUGACAUGGGACAACAACGUGGUUCAGCAUUGGCUCUAUCUGGAGAUCCAUUAACACCACAUUAUCCUUCUAAAGAUUAUAUGUUUAGAACACCAAUAGAUAAUAAUCCUCAUUUACCAAAGAUUGUUGCUCAACAAAUCGGUUAUAAAGAAGCGAGAGAAAUAUUAACUCAAAUGACUGGAACAUCUGUUAUAUCGAAUUGGACUGGUGGUUUUCAUGAAGUGAGAUAUGUUUAUGGUGGUUUUCUAUCAGAUAAUUUGUCUAUACAAAUAUCAUCAUAUAAUACAUUACAAAUACGACGUGUACAUAAUGUAAUUGGAACUAUCACUGGUCAUAUUGAACCGGAUCGUUAUGUACUUAUUGGAGCUCAUUUUGAUGCUUGGAAUUUUGGUGCUCAGGAUGAUGGAUCGGGUACAGCUGUUAAUCAUGAAUUAGUGCGUGCAUUUGGAUCAUUAAUGAAAUCGAACUGGAAACCGAGACGAAGUUUAAUGUUUUGUGCUUGGGCUGCUGAGGAGUAUGGUGUUGUUGGAUCGCUUGAGUUUGUCGAAGAAUAUGCUAAAAUCUUAGGUUCACGUGUUGUUUCAUAUAUUAAUAUGGAUAGUAUUGUCAGAGGUAAUCAAUUCAUGUUAAUGAGAAUGUCUCCAUUACUUUAUGAUUUUUCUAUUGAUAUAUCUAAACAAGUCAAAGCACCUUAUACCAAUGAAACAAUUUAUGAACAAUGGAUACGUCAUAAUAAUGGUGAGAAAGAUAUUGGGAAAAAGUAUUUUGAAAUGGGACUUGGUGCUAGUUCAGAUUUUGAUGGUUUUAAUCAAAUUGCUUCAAGUUCAAAUCUUGUUGUGAUUUAUAGAAAUCAAUCUAUUAACAAAAAUUUGGAUUCCAGUCCAUUAUAUCAUACUCAAUAUGAAACAUUUCGAUUAGUUAAAGAAUUUAUUGAUCCUGAAUUUCAAACUCAUCAAGCGAUUGCACGAGUUAUUGGUUUAGCAGCAUUGACUCUAACUGAUAUUGAUUUACUUCCAUUCAAUCCUGAAAGAUACCAUCAAGCACUUGUUGAUUUAUUUACUUUAACAAAAUCUGUUGCACCUCAAUCGAUUAAUUUUACAUCACUACAAAAUGCAAUCGAUCAAUUUAAAAAUGUUGCUACUCAAUUCAACUAUCGAGUUCAAACUACACUUGAUAAAUCAAAUCCAAUACAACUUCGAAUAGUUAAUGAUCAAUUGAUGCAAGUGGAACGAGCAUUUCAAAAUCCAUUAGGUAAUAGUAUUGAACAAUCUACUCUCAAUCUAUGUCAAAUGUGUAGUUCACGUUCAACAACGAAACAACAAGAACAUAAUAAUGUUGAAUAUGUUAUGUUACAAAAUAUUGAUGAUAAUGAUGAUGAUGAUGAAGAAGAAGAUAAAGAAUCAAUAUUAACAAAUGGUCAUUCAAAACAAGUUUUAUCUAAUGAAACAUUGAUACCAAUGGAUCAUGUAGAAAAAACUUGA